AUGUCUUUAAAGCUGAGAAAGUCAUCACUCUUUCUACAAACUUCAGAGGAGUCUGACAGCAUUUAGAUAGUGAAGAUGGAAAAGGAAGAGCAGACCUGUGAUCUGAACUCCAGCCUCCCCUGGAGAAGCAGCUCCUGCCCAGAGACCUUCCGCCAGCGGUUCAGGCAGUUUGGCUACCAGGAGUCCCCUGGGCCCCGGGAGGCUCUGAGCCAGCUCCGGGAACUUUGCCAUCAGUGGCUGAGGCCAGAGGUGAAUACCAAGGAGCGGAUCCUGGAGCUGCUGGUGCUGGAGCAGUUCCUGGCCAUCCUGCCUGAGGAGCUGCAGGCCUGGCUUCGAGAGUACCAGCCUGAAAACGGAGAGGAAGCCGUGACUAUGCUGGAGGAGCUGGAAAAAGAACUUGAUGGGCCAACUGAGCAGGUCUUUUUUGGACAAAGUGAGGACAUGCUUGCAGAGAAGCUGACAUCUUGGGAAAUCACUCAGGAGUCGUCACCAAGUAGCCAGAUCAAGCCUGUAAAGAAGCAGCUGCCGUUGGCAUCAGGGGAGUUUCACUCAAUUCGAAAAGCUAAAGACACAAAAACCCUAAAUGUGAAUGCAGCUUUGAGGCAGAAGACUUCUCCAGCCAUGGAACUGCAUUACACUGUUUCUAACACCCUUCUUAUGGACGCUCCUCAGAGUUGCACAUAUCGAAGAACCUGUGAACAAGAUGGCAAGUUUGAAAGAAGACAGAGAAACCCUUUUGGGAAGAAGCAACACAAGUGUGAUGAAUGUGGCAAAGUCUUUAGUCAGAGCUCAGCCCUCAUCCUCCAUCAUAGAAUCCACAGUGGGGAGAAACCCUACACAUGUGACGUGUGCGCAAAGGCUUUCAGCCGAAGUGCCGUCCUGAUUCAGCAUCGAAGAACACACACUGGAGAGAAACCCUACAAGUGUCAUGAAUGUGGGAAAGCCUUUAGUCAGAGCUCAAAUCUUCUCAGACAUAGAAAGAGACACAUGAAAGAAAAAGUCCCAUCAGUGUUGCGGAACACAGAACCCUGGGCGCUCGGAGCAGAGAGGCCCGAGGCCAAGCGCAGCCUCAAAGCGAUCUUUGUCGUCGCGCCGCCCCUCCCCCGCCCGGAGCGCAUCUCCAUGGCAACGCGGGGCUUCGCCUCCCUCCGCCUCCUGGGACCCGCAGACCGGAAGCAGUCCGCGCCGGGGGCUUCUGGGAAACGGCUUGUGAGCGGCGUUUCUGCGUCUGCUUUGGACAGCGAAGCUGCUGCGGAUCCUGAGCCGGAGCCGGUUUUGUUCUAUUUCGAGGCCUGGCGUCUCGCGGAGGGUUCUGGGACUCGUUUUGGGCGGAGGUGGGAGGGGGCGGGCCUUGCGCGGGGGCUGCCGGGGCUUGUAGUUCCGCCGGACGCGGGCGGAAGUGCCGUGGCCCCGACGCUGUUGGGGCAGUGGGGCUUUUGGUCAUCCGAAAUCGGCCAGCGCGAGGCGAGGAACGGGGGCUGGAGGACGCCAGGGCAGGGGCGGGGUUUGCAGCGGAUCUCGGCUGGAGUGAGGCGAGAUCACCUGGGACGCGGCUCCCCGCCCAAACAUUGUGACCGCGGGCCUGCCCUCCUUGCACCUCGUCACCGCCCGCGAGCAGGCUGCAAAGCGGACUCUGUGGAAGAGGAUUCAAUACUUAUAAUCCCAACUCCAGAUGAAGAGGAAAAAAUUCUGAGAGUGAAGUUGGAGGAGGAUCCCGAUGGUGAAGAGGGAUCAAGCAUCCCCUGGAACCAUCUUCCUGAUCCAGAGGUUUUCCGACAGCGAUUCAGGCAGUUUGGAUACCAGGAUUCACCUGGGCCCCGUGAAGCUGUGAGCCAGCUUCGAGAACUUUGCCGUCUAUGGCUCAGGCCAGAGACACACACAAAAGAACAGAUUCUGGAGUUGGUAGUGCUGGAGCAGUUUGUUGCCAUCCUACCCAAGGAACUGCAGACUUGGGUUCGAGAGCAUCAUCCAGAGAAUGGAGAAGAGGCAGUGACAGUGCUGGAGGAUUUAGAGAGUGAGCUAGAUGACCCUGGACAACCGGUUUCUCUCCGUCGACGAAAACGGGAAGUUCUGGUAGAGGAGAUAGUUUCCCAAGAAGAAGCUCAGGGAUUACCAAAUUCUGAGCUUGAUGCUGUGGAGAACCAGCUCAAGUGGGCAUCCUGGGAGCUCCAUUCUCUAAGGCACUGUGAUGAUGAUGGUAGGACUGAAAAUGGAGCACUAGCUCCAAAGCAGGAGAUUCCUUCAGCAGUAGAAUCUCAUGAAGUUCCUGGCACUCUAAAUAUAGGUGUUCCUCAGAUUUUUAAGUAUGGAGAAGCCUGUUUCCCCAAGGGCAGAUUUGAAAGAAAGAGAAAUCCCUCUCGAAAGAAACAGCAUAUAUGUGAUGAAUGUGGAAAACACUUCAGUCAGGGCUCAGCCCUCAUUCUUCAUCAAAGAAUCCACAGUGGGGAGAAACCCUACGGAUGUGUUGAAUGUGGGAAAGCAUUCAGCAGAAGUUCUAUUCUUGUGCAACAUCAGAGAGUCCAUACUGGAGAAAAACCUUACAAAUGUCUUGAAUGUGGAAAAGCCUUUAGCCAGAAUUCUGGGCUUAUUAAUCAUCAGAGAAUCCAUACUGGGGAGAAACCUUAUGAAUGCGUUCAGUGUGGGAAAUCUUAUAGUCAAAGCUCGAAUCUUUUUAGACAUCAGCGAAGACACAAUGCAGAAAAACUUCUGAAUGUUGGCCGCGCAGGCGCGGACCGCGUCCCCGAGACACACACACUAGGCCGAGGUCCCACCGUGCCCAGGAGCGGCGCCUGCGGGCGACCCGGACGGCCUGGGCUCUCCAUGGGCUCGAGGAACCACACCGGGCUCCCUGGCGGCGCCGCCAGGCAGAGUCGGAGGCGAGAUCACCCGAGUUCCCCGGGCUCCCGUGGCCUGACCUCACCCAUACCUCGCCGCGUCCUCCAGGUCGCUGUCAAGCCGCCCACGCUGCGAACCCGCCAUCGCCGCGUCCGCUCUAGGAAACUGGGAGGAUUGCUCGGCUCUAUGAGCCUGGCAUCUGAAUCUCUCCAAGCCCUACCCCACCGCAUCCGGCGGCCUGCGUUCGCCAGCGGGGAUGCCGGGGCUGAGUCGCCAGCAUACCCUCGACCGCCCACGGCGGCGCCCUCCCCGCGGCCACUCCUCCAGGCCAACCCUGGGGUCGCUGGGCAAGCCCCGGCUCGCGUAGCGCCUUCUACGAGAAAGCCGUGGACUCGGUCCGUCUGGGUCCCGGCCGUGCACUGCCCUGCCCACGCCGGCGCGGCCGAUCCUCGCAGCCUAGCCAAGCCGGGCCGGGCCCUUCCCCAGCCCCCACGCACUCCUCCGCGAAUCGGGGCUGUCGCGACCGGGGCCCGCCCGGAGAGCCGCCCUCCGCGCCGGCGCCGCACCCCUCCUCCCGGGCCUCCGCGCCGCGCGCCGGGCACCGAGCCGCAGUCCUCCGGGCUUCCUAGAGGGGCGCGCCCGCCCCCACUUCCGGCGCGCGCGGCCCGAGGCCCUUCAGCUCCCCGCCUGGGGUCCGUCCGGCAGCAGAGCCAAGGGCAGGGCCCGCGGCCCUCGCAGGUGGCCGCGCCUCCUCGACGCUUGUGCCCGCCCGCCGGCCCGUCCCUCCACGCCUUUGCCCGUAGGCCUGCUCCUCCACCGCCCGGCGUCCCUGGCCUCCGCAGCACCUACCGGGCGCCCCCUACCAUUCCUUUCCUGAUUCCACUGGGCAGCAUUUUUAGACUGUCGCUUCCCAGAAUGUCAGGAAGAGCCACAGCCCUGGCCUACCAUGCUCCAAAAGAACCAGAAGGACUUAUAAUUGUGAAGGUUGAAGAAGAGAAUUCUAUUUGGGGGCAGGACUUUGGCCGUCAGGGAAACACCUGUAGCCUGGAGACCUUCCGCCAGCGGUUCAGGCAGUUUGGCUACUCUGAUUCCGCUGGGCCCCGGGAGGCUCUGAGUCAGCUCCGGGAACUUUGCCAUCAGUGGCUGAGGCCAGAGGUGAAUACCAAGGAGCAGAUCCUGGAGCUGCUGGUGCUGGAGCAGUUCCUGGCCAUCCUGCCUGAGGAGCUGCAGGCCUGGCUUCGAGAGUACCAGCCUGAGAAUGGAGAGGAAGCCGUGACUAUGCUGGAGGAGCUGGAGAAAGAGCUUGAUGAACCAAGGCAACAGGACACAGCUCAUGGCCAAGGAAUGAUCUGGAAGGAAAUGACAUCCAUAGGAGCACUGAAGUCUCUGAGUAUACAGCUCCAGCCCUGGGAGAACCAGUGCAAGAGUGAGGCUCAGGAGUCCCAGACUUCCCAUAGAGAUGGCAAGCUGGCAGCUGACAAAGUAUUAACAGCAAAGCAAGAAAUUAUUGAAUGUGUAGCAUCAGCGGCCAUGAUAUCCCCAGGAAGACUUCCUGGGGAAAGUCCUUCAGGACAGGUAGUAGAAGAAGCUUUGGGAGCUUCUCACAAUAUUGAAAAGCCAAAAGAAACAGCUGCAAGGAACAAAAGGAGUCCUCCCCCUUCCCAGGAAAGACAUCUUAGUCUGACAACGUUCAACAAGAAAAUCUCUACUGAAGAGUGUGUCCUUGACUAUGACAAGAGUGAAAGAACUCUCAAUGUGAACUCAAAUGUUGUAACACGGCAAAGAGUUCAUGCUGGAGGAAAGGUCUACGAGUGCUUGGACUGUGGGAAAGCCUUUUGCCAGAGCUCAAAGCUGAUUAGACACCAGAGAAUUCACACUGGAGAGAGGCCUUAUGCAUGUAAAGAGUGUGGCAAAGCUUUUAGUUUGAGCUCGGACCUCGUUAGACAUCAGAGGAUUCAUAGUGGUGAAAAACCCUAUGAAUGUUGUGAAUGUGGAAAAGCUUUCCGGGGCAGCUCAGAGCUCAUUAGGCAUCGGAGAAUUCACACUGGAGAGAAACCAUAUGAAUGCAGUGAAUGUGGGAAAGCCUUCAGCCGGAGCUCAGCCCUCAUUCAGCACAAGAAAAUUCACACUGGAGACAAAGGCUAUGAGUGUACUGAAUGUGGUAAGGCUUUUGGUAGAAGCUCCAUCCUUAUUGAACAUCAAAGAAUUCACACUGGAGAAAAACCCUAUGAGUGUAAUGAAUGUGGAAAAUCCUUCAAUCAGAGCUCAGCCCUCACGCAGCACCAGAGAAUCCACACUGGGGAGAAACCUUAUGAAUGUAGCAAAUGUAGGAAAACAUUUAGGCACAGAUCAGGCCUUAUGCAACACCAGAGAACUCACACCAGAGUUUAACUCUUGUGUCAGGGUUGUACAAUUCUGUAAUACUAGGGAUUCACUUUUGGGGCAAGACCCCCUCCCCCCCCUACCAAAGUUUCCUGAGAGCAUAGUUCCUGCCUUUCCACUCCAAGUCAGUACUUGCUGUACAAGGUGAUCCACACAAAGAUGGUUGUGGAUGUGUUGAAUGGGCAGGCACCUUCACAAUAUAGCCAGCGUUGGGGUAAAGAUCCCGAAAGAGCUCCUUAUCAGGUGGACUGAGAGGUGGUACCUCCAAUGGCAAGGAUCUCUGUCCAGCAAGAACAGCGGGCAUCUGGCAGUCGGAGGCAUGUGCUGAGAGUCACUUUGUUCUCCAAAGUGUUGAAUUGUGAGGUUGUGAAAUGUUGAAUUAUGCCCUGGAUUAGUUUAUAGUUCAUUCUGCCCCCUUGCCAGGACUUUAAUCAACCCUGAGCUUACUGAGGUCAACUGAGGUCUCUUUAUUUAUUGAGCACCUGCUAUGUGCUAGCCAUCGGGGGCAGACAUGGCCAUUGCCCUCCCAGAGUUAAAGGCUUAAUGAGAUACAUAUAUAUUUAUUAAGCAGGUAAUGACAGUAAAGUGUGAUAAGUGCUUUGGUAGAAAUAUCUAGGAUUCUGUCAAAAUACAUCACAGGGGCACCUAACCUGGUGUGAGUCACUAAAGGCUUUCUGAAUGUGACAAAAUCUUUCUUGAGGAAUAAAGGGUGCCUAUAAGCCAGGUCAAGGCAAGAGGGAAGAGAAGAACAUUAUAGGUGGAGGUUGUAGCACAUACAAAGGCAUGGAGAGAGGAUCUUGAGAGGUCUCUUCAUCAGGACUCCUCCAGCAGGAAUUUCUUUGCAUAAACCUUGGUUUAGAAGCCAGGACUUGUGUUGGUUCCUCUCUUCCUGUUUAUAAUCACAGAGUUGGGUAGCCUAUCCCAGACCCAGAGUUAUGUAAAAGACCUUGAGGUACUCAGGACAAUUAGUGUGAUGGUAGACUUUGGUGCAUCCUGUGGAAAAAGGCAUGUAUGUACACCAGGGAAAGAAAACAUAUUGGGAGGCUAGAGGGACGGUGUUUGGUGUGCCAUGACCCUAGAGUUCAGGAAAUGGGAAGCUGACAAGAGCGUAGGAGUGGGGAGCUCUGCCUUCCCAGGAGCCACUAGUCCUCAUUUCCUGCCCCUCCCCUUAUUAUCAGGCUCAAAGGUACUUCUUGAAUUACACCCUCAGAUUCCUCAAAACUCUACUUCUCUGCUAAUUUUUAUUUUGGCAGUUUUAAUUAAACAACCAUUAAUUGUUGAAGGCAAUUCAUGUGUAAGAGAAGGUUUGAUUAUCCUCUAGGGUAUGCUGAUUUCCCUUCCAGAUACUGUCUCUUUUGAAGACUCAAUGAUCAAAGCUGUUUGGGGUAAUAUGGGAGGUGAAGUGGGGGUAAGGGACAGUUUUUGUGUCCACAGGUUGGGAGAUUGUCAUUGAGUGAGGUCAAUCAGAAGUCUGGAGAGACCCUUCAAAUAGAUGGAGUUGCCUUUUUUCCUAUAGGUGACAAUUGGAGGAUUUCAUAUUUUUAAUUUUAAUAAGAUUUCCCCCCCAGGUUGUGAAUUAAUUGUAAAUGUUGGUAAUAUAGAAAAUGAAAAAGUAGAAAUCCCCCUCAAUCCCAUCACCCACAAAAACAUUGUUAACAUUUUGGCAUACAAUCUAUUGGUUUCUUCUUUCCCCAACCCUAGUAUUUUUUUGGUAAAUACCUUGUUUGCUAAAUCAUUUUUAGUAACUGAUCGUAACAUUUAUACUUUGAGUAUAUACUUAAACUGUUGAGUAUUAGAAUGUAAUACAAGAUGUAAUAAAAUCUGAAUCUUAAAAGUU